ACAAGAAAAAUAUUUAUGACAGUUGACAGCUCAAAAAUUAUUAUUUAUAAAUUAUAAAAAUAUUAUGAAAUUAGCUAUGUUUAAAUUGGGAAACACUUGAAUAACUUGGAGAAAUGGUAUAAUAAUUAUUGAAAUAUGUACAGAACAAUAAACCAAUUUGUCUAUAAUAAAAGAAUAUGUCUAGAGAUUCAGCCAUACCUGACCAGGGAUAUGACCACCAAAAUAAAUAGAAAAGUACAGAAAAGCUACCAAGUAUUAGACAUACCACCAAACUCCAGCCAGGACGUAGUGAAGCAGGCAUUUCUAGAAUUAGCCAAAAAAUACCAUCCCGAUUCCAAUUCGCCUGAGGCAGAUAUCGAUAAGUUUGUCGAAGUAGAAAAUGCCUUUCGGACCCUCUCCAAACAUAAUACUGGUACAACACAUUCAGAGGAAGUUGAAAAAAUUGUAUAUGAUAUUCGGCAUACAGCACCACAACACCGUCAGUACUUAAGCUAUGAAGGUGUGGGAUUUGGAACUCCAUCACAAAGACAAAAACAAUGGACCCAAGCCAGGGCACAGAGAGCAGCUAAUAAUGUUAUGGAACACAGAGUGGCCAAGGCUGCAGCAUCAGAUAGAACUCUUAUGAAGAAGGAACCGCUAAAGAAACAUGAUAUUAAAACGAAAUACGGCUUCGACAGGCUCGUAGAGGAUCUCAUACAAGAGUCCAUGUCCAAAGGGGAGUUCGAGAACCUGAGCGGCAAAGGAAAGCCUUUGAAGGAUCAAAAUAACAACCCCUAUGUUGAUUUUACAACCCAUAAGUUGAAUGAGGUGUUGAUAAACAAUGGGUUUACACCGGAGUGGAUCACAAUGAGUAAAGAGAUAGAUGAAGACAUUGAACUGCUGAAGAAGGAGAUAACCAAGGAUAGAAUGUACCUCGGACCCUACCCCCUGACCCGUGAUGAACACACCAAGUGGGGUAGGAUAUGUGAAUGUAACCGACUCCUGUCACAGUCUAUUAAUGUUAAAAUUAAUACAUUCAAUUUAAUUGUACCACUGUUGAAUAAACAGAAAUUUCAUGUAGACUUUGACAAGAUAUCCGAUGACAUACUUAAGAAUGGACCACACUCUAAAGUCAAAGAGCCGGUCAAAGAAAUAGAAACUUCAUCGAAUGCGGUUCAGGACCAUGAAGAUUUUAUAAGCCUGUUGUUUAAAGCUCUGGGCGAAGUGUUCUCCUUCAGAAAACAAUAGAAAAAUGUUAACAAUUGAUUUUUUUUGUUUUAUAUACAUAUAUGUGAUCUGUGAUACUCUAGAGUCUAGUACUAGACAUGUAGACUAAAAUAAAACAUAACAUAAGAA